AUGCAAAGUACAAGAUAUGAGCCAUAUAGACAGGAGCAACCUCAUAACGAAUCUGAGGGGAGACGGUCGUACAAUGAGAGACGGAGACCUUCGUCAACAUUGCUCCCUCCAAGAGAUGCAUUGCUGCAUGUGCCAAGGGUGACAACACCCGUGCCCAUACACCAGGGUGAACAGCAAACACCUGAGGCAGCACAGAGCUAUACACAUCCACCUAACAUUGAAGCUUACGUUCUGCCAAGGCUAGAGAUGUGCUUUGAAACUUUCCAAGAAGCAAAGAACUUCUACAAUGUUUAUGCAAAGCACGCGGGUUUUGCUGUCAGGGAAGGCUCCAAGGUUGAGACCAGAGUCUACCUUUAUUGCACGUGCUAUGGAGUCUAUGAACCGAAGGUGUCAGAAGCAAAUAGACAGCGGAACAAGACGACAGCCAGGACUAACUGCGGGGCUAAAAUGAGGCUGAAGAGGGAAAAGGAUGGAACACUUGUCGUAAAAGAGAUAGUCUGGGAACACAACCACAGGCUACAGCUCACCCCCCAAAUGCUUGUAUUCUUGCACUCCCACAAAAACUUUGACAAAACAAUCUUGGAGUAUGUCAAGUACCUGCAGUUCAAAGGCAUUGAACACGCGCAAAUCAUGAGCAUACUUGGCAGUGAUGACCCCGGUAGCUACUUUCUCGAAAUGAAUGCCAAAGACCUGAUUAACCUCAAAGCAAAGAAUUCAAGGAUGGAUGAUGUGGACGAUGUCCUAAAGACUGUCAACUUCUUUAGGGAGAUGAAAGCUAUAAACAGGGAAUUCUUCUGUGACAUGCAACUCGAUGAGUCCGACAGAGUUAAGAACAUAUUCUGGGCGAACGCAAGCUACCGAGGGGCCUAUCAGGACUUUGGUGACUGUGUAACAUUUGACACCACAUAUAAGACCAACAAGUACCAUAUGCCACUUGGGGUGUUUGUAGGUACUAACAACCACUUACAGACUACAUUAUUUGGUUUCGCCCCGAUAAGAGAUGAGGAUGCAGAUUCAUUCACAUGGCUGUUCAAGACAUUUUUAAGGUGCAUGAGAGGGAAGGCUCCUGCAUGCAUCCUCACAGACCAAUGCCUGGCAAUGGCUUUGGCGAUCUCAGAUGCUUUCAAGAACACAAUACACAAGCUGUGCCGCUGA